UUUAUUUUUACAAGCCCAUGCAAUAUUGUCUAUAUAAGUCUGUUUAUGCUUCCUUAUUUGCCUUGGUGAAAUUUACAGAAAGAAGAAAAUAAGAGAGCAAUUGUUGCAGAUUCUGGUGGUUUUCAAAAGGACUUAAGAUGGAACAUUUGGAUAGUGAAAAGCAGCAGAGUCCAGAAGAAGAACUUCCAUCUCUGCUCAGAGUUAUAACUACUCAAGAAGUUGAUGGGUUUGAUAGCUUAAAAGCCGUAUCUGAGAAGAUUGAUGAAGAUGGACAGUCAUCCCAGUUGCCACAAACUUUUUCUAUCAGCAUGCCUUCUUCUCCAUUGAGAGCUAGCUUGCCUGGAAACAACAGAGAUCUCUUAAGAGAUAAUGAUCCAACAACAAAAGACGUGAAUAAUAAUGAUUCUGGAAACUCCUCACCUUCUUUUGUCACCAAAUAUGCAAAAUAUUACUCUCAGCCUAUGCCAGCUUUUUCCUCUUCUUCCUCUUCUUCUUCUGCUGCAUUUCAUGACAUAUCCAGAAAAAUUAACUUUCAAAAACUUCCAGAAAAGCAUAUGAAGAAGAAUCCUGCCAUUAACAAACUCAAGGAUAAGAGGUAUGACUCUUUCAAAACAUGGACUGGCAAGUUCGAGAGGCAAAUAUCACAUCUAGUUGGAAAAGGUGGAGAAGACCAGCCAGCAGCCUUUCCUGAGCAGCAUGUUGAAAUGGAGAGUGUUCCAGUUGAUCGUUAUUUCGAUGCCCUGGAAGGACCCGAGUUAGAAACUCUCAGGGCUUCGGAAAAGAUCAUGCUUCCGGAAGACAGGACAUGGCCAUUUCUUCUUCGCUUUCCGAUCACUUCAUUUGGUAUGUGCUUAGGAGUAAGCAGCCAAGCCAUUAUGUGGAAAACAUUGGCCGUUUCUCCAGCCACAAAAUUCCUUCAUAUCAGCCUGGAUAUAAACCUGUUUCUAUGGUGCAUAUCAGCCGUUCUUGUUUCCAUUAUUGCUUCAAUCUAUUUACUGAAAUUGAUUUUCUACUUUGAGGCUGUUCGUCGCGAAUACUACCACCCUGUCCGUGUAAACUUCUUCUUUGCACCAUGGAUAGCCUUAUUAUUCUUAGUAUUAGGAAUCCCAUCCUCAAUUUCUCCUGAUCUGCAUCCUGUCCUGUGGUACAUUCUCAUGACACCCAUCUUCUGUCUGGAACUGAAGAUCUACGGGCAAUGGAUGUCUGGAGGACAGAGGAGGCUUUCGAAAGUGGCUAAUCCAUCAAACCAUCUUUCAAUUGUUGGUAAUUUUGUUGGUGCUUUGUUGGGUGCUCAAAUGGGGCUUAAGGAAGGACCUAUAUUUUUCUUUGCUGUUGGAAUGGCUCAUUACACGGUCUUAUUCGUUACACUCUACCAGAGACUACCCACAAACGAGACUCUUCCAAAGGAGCUCCACCCUGUUUUCUUCUUGUUUGUUGCUGCACCUAGUGUUGCUUCCACGGCUUGGGCGAGGAUUCAAGGGUCAUUUGAUUAUGGGUGUAGAAUUGCUUACUUCAUCGGCCUCUUUCUUUAUAUUUCACUGGCCGUUCGAGUUAAUUUCUUCCGGGGAUUCAAGUUCUCGUUGUCAUGGUGGGCAUACACUUUUCCGAUGACUGCAUCAGCCAUAGCAACGGUUAGGUACUGUACAGAGGUGCCGAACGUGGUAACAAAAGCACUUGCAAUAAUACUAUCGGGCGUUGCCAGUCUGACUGUGACAUCUGUGCUGGUUACAACCAUCAUUCAUGCAGUGGUGCUGAAAAACCUUUUCCCAAACGACAUCUCGAUUGCAAUCAGCGACAUGAAGCCAAAGGCAGCGAAGACAUGGUUCCAUCGUAGGAUCUUGAGUUCUGAUAAAUCAGAUAUUGAGAAUUAUCUAAAGUUUGCUGAUACAGAGAGUGCUACUACUACUAAGGACAUUGAAGCCUGCCUAGACCAGACACGCUCAACAACCAAUGAAGAAGAAAUUAACGCCAAACGACAACAUGUUCGUUCAGUAUCUGGAUCAUAAGUGUUUGAUUUGUGUGGUGGUGGUGGUUGAAAAAAAAGAAGUUAAAAGGAAAUGGAAUGAACUCAUUCUUCGUCUUUACAAGAAGAAGCCCAACACUCACUUCUAGUUCUGGUUAUUGAAGGCAUCAACAAAAGCAUCCAGAAGAUGAGGAAGGAUUCAAGGCUAACUAAUUUAAGAUAUUUUUAUCCAUUCCAAUUGGGUCUCAGAACUCAAACUCCAAAAAUAAAUUUAGAACAAAUUUCAAAGGUUAGUUGGUUGGUUGGUUGGUUUUUCCCAGGUUUUGAGUUCAUAUGUUUGAUUGGAACAAUGAAUAUUAUUAUUAUUAUUAAUAAAUAAAUAAAAAGUGAGAUUUCUU